GUUGUGGAUGCGGUGCAGUCUUGAAUUUCAGAGUCGCUUUUUUAAUCAGGGUUUGUCCGAGUCCACCGUGAGGUAAUGAAUUAAAUAAUGACGUGAAGUCUUGAAAAGUGAUUGUCUUCGGCUGAGAGGAUAACCUGCCAUUUUGGCUGUGACUGUCCAGGUUACCUCUGCGAUAAAAAACAGCAGCGUCCGGCCGGCCUCGGCUGAUCCGAAGUGAGAUUGGUGUGUAUCGAAAGGGGCUGGCAGGUCCGCUGUGUGUUUACCAGGGGAUAAUCAGUUUAUGCGAUGCAAGCUAUCGAUGAGGCGGACUUUGUUAACUGGAUUAAGGGUGGACACGGUCAUCACCGACGGGGGCCUUUGCGCAGCUUCUCUCGCAUCAAGGAGCAUCAAACCCGCUCGGUGCGUGAGGCGGUGGGUUUUCACUGUGGGACACCUUGGACAAAACAGCCCAGGACAGUCACUGUGUCCGAGGAAUCUCUGCGUAAGAUCACCAACACGCUGGCCUUAAAGAAUGAGGAGAUCACAAACUUCAUCUGCAGCCUCAAACAGAGCCUCGACAACCUAGAGAUGAACUCCAACCGAGUCCAGGAGGAUCUGGAGUCUGAGUUCAGCUCCCUCCACACUGUCCUCGAUGAGCUGAAGGAAAACAUGAUGACGCGCAUCAAACAGGAGAGGGCCAGCCGCACAUAUGAGCUACAGAGUCAGCUGAGUUCCUGCUCCAAAGCCCUGGAGAGCUCCGAGGAGCUGCUAGAGCUGGCCAAUCAGACGCUCUGCUCCUCUGAGACGGAUGGUUUCACACAGGCGGCCAAAGACAUUAAGGAUAGCGUGACAAUGGCCCCAGCCUUCCGCCUCUCCCUGAAGGCCAAAGCCAGUGACAACAUGAGUCACUUGAUGGUGGAUUUCAGCCAGGAGAGAGAGAUGCUGCGGGGCAUCAAGUUUCUCCCAGUGCCUGCCACUCCAGAGAUCCAAAUGUCCGAGUGCCAGGUGUGUGACAACACGGUGGCUAUAUCUUGGACCUUACCUGAGCCCGACAGCAAGAUAGACCACUAUAUUCUGGAACAUCGACGCACAAACCACGAGGGCCCGCCACGCAUCAGAGAGGAGUAUCCCUGGAUGGUGGUGGAGGGGAUACGAGAAAUGGAGCACACACUGACGGGCCUGCGCUUUGACACGCGGUACAUGACGUUCAGAGUGAGAGCGUGCAACAAGGCCGUCGCAGGAGAAUUCUCUGAGCCCGUUACACUAGAAACACAUGCCUUCCUGUUCAAACUGGACUCUGGGUCGGCCCACCAGAACCUGAGGGUGGAGGACCUGAACGUGGAGUGGGACAGCAGUGGAGGGAAGAUUCAGGACAUCCGCAAGGACAAGAACAGAACCAACUCGCCGCUGCACUCCCCAGCCAGGACAGCUUUGAUGUCACCUAAGAGAGCGCCCACUGCCCGGCCUGGCAGAGACAGAUUCACAGCUGAGUCCUACACAGUGCUGGCUGACACCGUGAUAGAUGCUGGCCAGCAGUACUGGGAGGUUCGGUUUGACAAGGAGAGCAAGGCCUUCGCCGUAGGUGUUGCGCUGCGGAGCCUGGGUCGAUUUGACCAGCUGGGGAAAAGCAGCGCUUCCUGGUGCAUCCAUCUGAACAACUGGCUGCAGCAGAGCCUCACAGCCAAGCACAACAACAAGGCCCGGACCCUGGACUGCCCCAUUCCGGACCGUAUAGGAGUCUACUGCAACUACGAGGAGGGCACACUGUCUUUCUACAACGCCAAAACCAAGCAGCUAAUGCACACCUUCAGAACCAAGUUCCAGCAGCCUAUCAUACCAGCCUUCAUGGUGUGGAACGGUAGUUUCUCAGUCCAGACGGGCCUGCAGGUUCCCAGCGUGGUGCAGAGCGGCCAGAGGAAGAACAGCGGCACCAGCAGCUCCAACGCCAGCCUCACUUAGACGCAUCCAGCCAGCCAGCUGGACGCCUGCCCAGCUCUGCCCAGCCACAGUCACCUACUGCAGAACAUUACCUCUGCCCGGGCUGCGGUCAAAGCCAUAUCAUGGAAGAGUUAAAUCACUGGAACACGAUGGUCGGGCUGUUCCACAUCUAAGUCUGUGUUGCAUGAUGACAAAAAUGGUUUGGGGGAAUAAGUGAAUCAUCUGACCCCACAGUGACAGAAUUCUUCAGUUUUAUGACUCUGGCUGUUGUCACGCUUGGGACACAUUAAGCGUAGUCUCGUUUUUUGCUCUCCACACAUUCGUUUAGCACUGUCCCACUGCUACUAGAGCAAUGGUUUAGCGCUGGCCGCUGCCCCCCAGUCCCAUCUCCAAACUUAUCAUCAUACUGUCAUGCAGCCAGCUGCAGGUGUACGAUCAAGCCCUGCCUUGUCUAACUCUGCUCUCUCCCUGUGCCUUCCUCAUCUCAUAUCCAAAGGCCAAAUCAGGUGAUCCACAGCAACAUGCUAAUAUUUCAGUGCAAGAGAUGGUCUCCUUUGUGCAACUUAAAACAGCGUAUCGUGUCAGUGUCCAUGUAAUAUAGCUCAGUAGUAAUUAUCCCAUACUGAAUCUUCUUCCUCUGAGUUUUUAUGUAGUGCAAAGUCAACCCACACGGCAAACCUAUGUAACCCAAAUAACUGCUCGUAGACAAUGCUACUGUAUAAAAUGUAGUUCAUUGCUUAAUCAGGAACAUUAUGGACUCUAGACUAUACUUUGCCAGCCAACUAGUGGACUAUGAAGCUGAAACUAGAUCAGCAAAGUGGAGAUGUGGUGUUGCGAUACUUGACAAAGACCCAUGUAGAGAAACAGUAUUUGCUGUAAUUCACUUUGUAGUCAGGUGGCACUUCUGUUGUGCAGCAGACUUGAGUCUCCAGCCUCCUACUGACGUCGUACUGAAUUAGUUUUCUUAAUUCAAGUCAGUGUUGGCUGUUGGUGUUCAUCUGACGACCUCACUCCGUACAAAGAGAGGGGGCUGUUUCUCAAAAACAGUGUUGCUUCUUGUAGUUCGAGUCAUCAGCUCUUUGGACAUCUAUUCAAGGCUUUAGGAACGACUGUAAUUUACAAAUUAUAUUAACCGUAGGUCUGCCUGUCCUCUAAUGCCUGUUUUUACAUAUGUGUGCCCACCUAACAUCACUGUUUUAUUUCCUGAAGAAAGAAGCCAACAUGAGCAGGGGACCAGCCUGACGCUGUCCUCAGUCCUAAUAUAACACAUAGCUUAGCCAGAAUCGUUAGAAAACAAGCUGUAUUUAGAGACUUGUUAACCCAGUCUGGGGUAUUUCUGGGUGAGAAAUAAUGGUGAGAGGUGACUGACUCUGGAAAGUGUUUACUGCUGUUAUAAAGUCCCUAUUUGUGCACCACUUCAACUCUGGGUCGCUUUUAUAUUCUAAACUAUGGUACAGUCUUGCUCUGUCAUGUUGCUCUUUCUGUAUGCAUCCCCUAAACACUUAUAGCCUGCAAUGCUUUAAAUACACUUCCAGUUGAGAAUAAUUAUCUUUAUUUCACAUGUAAAAGUAAUUUCACAAUGUAUUGUAAAUAGUUUUAAUUUUUUCCACUAUAAUGUAUCAGUCAUUGAGGUAAUAAAGGAGUAAGAGAA